CUAUCGAUGAUUACAAGCAUCAGGAAGAUAUAAAUGCACAAACAAAUCCAGAUUUAUAUGAAUCUUUAUCGCCUGAAGCUCAAGAAAUUGCUAAAAGAUACGUAAGGUUUCUCAUUAGAGGAAAAUUGGGAAGAUCUGUACCAGUUCUUUUGGAUGCUGAAAUGAAAAGCUGUAUAGAUUUGCUCUUACAAUAUCGUAAGGAAGCAAAUAUACCUGAAAAAAACCCAUAUAUCUUUGCUUUACCCGGUUAUGAUAAAAAACGUUUCAAAUAUAUAAGAGCAUGUGAUUUAUUACGCACAUAUUCCUUAGAAUGUAGAGCAAGCAUGCCUCUUAGAUUACGAGGUACAAACCUUCGCAAGCAUAUUGCAACAAGGUGCAUUACAUUAAAUCUGUCAGAGCCUGACAUAACACAAUUAGCUAAUUAUCUAGGCCAUGACAAAAGUAUUCACAUGCAACAUUAUCGUCAGUCUAUUCCACAAAUUGAAAUAGUUAAAAUGUCUCGAUUACUUAAAAUAGCACAAGGUGAAAAACAUGAUUUUGAACAAGAUGAUAUUCAACAAGAUGACUCGCAGAGUCAUCUUAAUUCAGAUGAAAAUAAUUUUACAAUAAAUAAAACACUUCAAGUAGACAAUGAUAAUUCAGAUAGUGAUAAUUCAGAUACAAAUUCAAUUUGUGAUACAAUAAAUGGAAGAAAAAGACGCAGUACCUCACCGUAUGGUUCGACAAAACGCGUAAGAUGGACACAAGAAGAAUGUAAUAUAAUAAUUACAACAUUUAAACAAGAAUUGACGGAACAACGUUUACCUUCAGGAAAACAAAUGGUAGAGGUUAAAAUGAAAAACAAAUGUUUAAGCCGUCGCUCUAUUCCACAAAUUAGAAGCUGGAUCCAUAAUCAAAUUUCUAAAAAAUCUAAGCCACGUAGUCAUAAUAAGUAAUAUAUUUUUUGAAAAGAAGUUUUUUUAUUAUCCAUAGCUAUAUUUA